AUGCACAAACUUGAGCCUAUUACGACCCGAAACUGGCUUAGAAAGAAUGCGCUAUUCAGUAACUGGAUACAACGGGUGGCUGAUCAUAUGCAGAACGUGUUUCCAGAUGAUCACCACACCAAUCGAGGACUUCGGUGGGAAUCCCUUCCUCAUGCAUUAGCACUUAACAAGAGGACAAAGUAUCUUGAUUUAACCGAAAGGAUUGCAGAUUGCCUUGCUAGUGAUGGAAGAUAUCAAGAAGCAGAGGUACUUUACAAGAAGCUGGUCGGGGUCAAUCAGGAGAAAGGUGGCUCAGAACAUGUCUUCACUCUGACCAGCAUGGCAAACUUGGCAGAAACCUACCGAAAUCAGGGUCGAUGGAAUGAAGCUGAGAGGCUAAAUGUACAAGUAAUGGAAACAUGGAAGACAGUGCUGUGCGCUGACCGUCCUGACACUCUGAGCAGCAUGAACAACUUUGCCUAUACUUGGAAAUCACAAGGAAAGCUACAGGAUACCUUGACUCUAGUAAAAAAGUGCUCUGACAUGCGCCGGAAAGUAUUAGGGCCUAGUCACCCAGGUUCCAGAUCAUCCUCUUGCGCUCUCAACAAUUGGAUGGAUGAGUAUAAUGCAUUAACAGAUCAAACACCGCUCACUAGAGAAAAAAGUUCGCAGCCUCAACGGGAAGUUUCAGCAGGAUCUUCAGCAGCUGUAGUAACUACCUUGUCGACCUAUGAAGAGCACAUCAAUCUACCUUAUACCCUAAGACGAUCAGCUGCUCAACUAUUCCUUGGAAGUCAUCCUCUCAUCAUUGCUGCUAGGACACCCUCACCCGCGCCAGAAGGCCAGAACUUACAUGAUGUGGAUUACUUUCGCACCGCCUUAUUCUUGCACCAUUCCGCUAGACAAGAGGUGAGUUAA